ACGCGUACUCUAGCCCCUAUAUAAACACCCCUCCUUCAUAAACUCCUUACACACAACACAGCAAUCUAUAUAUAUUUAUACGCCAAAUUCAUUUUAAAGUAGAUAUUAAAUCUUAGUAUAAUAAGCUAAGUAAUACCGAGUGAUAAUUAAUUAAUGGCAAGUAAGAUGAUGGCGGUGAAGUCGGUUGCAUGCAUGGCCAUUUUGUGCAUGCUUGUGGUGGCGCCGUCGGCGGAGGCGGCGCUGACAUGCGGCACCAUUUUGUCAAAGCUCGCUCCAUGCAUACCCUAUGUCAAGGGGGCUGGUGCGGCGCCUCCGCCUGGAUCUUGCUGUGUUGGCAUAAAGACUUUAAGCGCCGCGGCUUCAACCACCGCCGACCGCCAGGCUGCCUGCAAUUGUUUGAAAAAUGCUGCUAAAUCCUACAGUAAAGAUCAGCUCAAUCGCAUCGCCGCAGUUCCCGGCAAGUGCAACGUCAAUAUUGGCUACACUCUCAGCACCAGCACUAACUGUGCCAGUGUUAAAUGAGGUAGCUAGCUGAAGCAGGGAGAUAGGGGUUGGAAGUUGUUUUCAUCGUUCCUUGUCACUGUUAUGGUCCAUCUAUCUAUAUUUGAAUGUUUCCGAUGUUUUUAUAAAUUUCAAUAUAUAUAUAUAUAUAUAUAUAUAUAUAUAUAUAUAUAUAUAUAUAUAUAUAUAUAUAUAUAUAUAAACACAUACAUGUAUGAAUAUGUUUUGUUUUAUUUUAUGAGAAAUAAAAGAGGCCGGAAUUGUGGUCCCCGUCAGGGAUGCCGCCCUUUAUUAGUUUGUUUUACACCCCGGCCGCCCGCCGUACGGUUUAUAUAUAGGGAGUAUAUCAUUUGUACACCUGUUGUUGUGUGAUUGGUAAUGAUAAUUUGUACUUCCUCUCUUCUUUUCACAAUCUUUGACACAGUUUGACUUGUCAAAAAUCAAGGAAAAAAUGUCACUGAGGACUACAUUUUACUGUAGAGUACAUUGUUUGGCACUGUUUGAACACUGUUUGACACUGUUUAAACACUGUUUGGCACUGUUAGACACUGUUUGCACUGUUUUUGUAAAGAUUUUCAAUGGAAUAAAGUAAAGGGA